ACCAUCAGAGGUUUGACUAAUUAGAGUGGUUAGACGAAUAUUCCGCACAAAAUAAUAACAAAUGUUAGGAAAAAAACUUCAAGUGAAAAGACCAGGGUUUUGAAACCUCCAGGGCCGAAACGUCCAGGAGGUGAAACAUCCAGAUACAUAAGUGACAACAUAUUUUAUAAAAAUAAUGGAGGGAGCAGAAGAUCCAGCUAAUACUUGUGGUAUCUGCAAAGUAACUUAUGCUACUGGAGCUGAGCUGGAUGAUCACAACUGGUCGUUAAUGCAUCACAUUAAAAUAGAGAAAAUAAAAAAAGGGGCGCCACACAGUUGUAACCUUUGUAUGGAGUCUUGUGGAAAUAUCAUAGAAUAUGGAAAACAUCUUAAUGAAGAUCGCCAUAAACUGGCACUCAGUCGAAGAGCUAAAGAAAGCACUGAACUGUUGGACUCUUUUUCAUCACAAGGUACUCUUUUAUCAAAGGAAAAGCUUAUGUCUUCAGAGUUUGAUCAUGCAUUUAAUGGACAAGAUUUUAUAGAGCAUAUGAAAAAUGAUUUUCAAGGUCAGAGACAAUCAAACUUUCUAAGGGAAAUGGGUCAAGGACAUUCAGUGAACAAACACUCAAGGUCAUUCUCUCAGCCUAACCUUUAUACAGAGAAACCACCUUUUUUGUUAGAUAUUGAUCCAUAUAAACCAAUAAAAGGACAGAAUUUUGACAAAUGGACACCAUGGAUACAACAAGAUAAAGCCUUCAAUGAAAAUUCUUGGGUUCAACAAGUUGGACAACCUUCGUUUGAGUUCAAGGUACCACAGGGUCGUGCAGGAGGUCACUCAAGGACACAUAGUGAUAUGAGACAUAAUUUUCCUGUUGAUUCGAUUAGACAGAAUGGUUCCAAUAAUGAACAAGACACUUUCUAUAGUGAUAACUUCGAUAGAAUUAACUGGAAUGACAACAAUUUUUAUAAUGAAAAGCAUGCAGGUUUUCAAAAUGAUCAAUUUCAUUGGCAGAGGGACAUUAGUGAACAAUAUAGGGGAAAUGAAAGGGCAAGGCGAGGGAGUUUUGAUAGUAGUAAAUACAGAAAUACUCAACAGGUUAGAAAUGAAGGGAAUAUGAAUACUUUUAAAGGUGGAGGGGCUCAGGAAAGAGGGAGAAAAAGUUCAAGAAAGAAUAAAGGAGGGAGUCGAGCUCAUUCAUAUGAUAACAAUUCACCAGAAAGCACAUCAUCGUCUGACUCAGGAUUGAAAAGAAGACUUGAAUUAGAUGACAGUUUUGCACCUGGAAAAAGCAGACGAAGAUAUGGUCCUGAACUGGACUUUCCAUCCACUAGUUCUGGUUACAGGUCGGAAAGUUCACAGAGUAUGAUAGAAAGUCGAAAUAAUCAGAGACCUAGAAGUCGUAGUGCUAGCCGAGACAGAUCCAGAGAGAAUGACCUUGAUAAAAUUGAUCUAGAAAGACCUUCAUCUAGAAAUUCUGAUAAAAAGGUCUCCUGGUCUGAUCAGCAGUUAGUAUCAUCGACAACUGAAUCUCUUGGAGAAAGUCAAAGAACAAAAAGAAAGUCCAAUAAAGCAGCUGAUAGGUCAAGAUCCAAAAGUCCAAUGGUGCCAGAUUCCUCGUCUGAAUCAGAACUAAGCAAAACUUCAAAAACAUCAGAAAAAGGUAAGAAAACUUCACCUAGACUAAAAAGUAAAACAUCUCAAAGGCAACAAAGAAAAACUAAUGUGUCAGAUGACAGUACAGAAUCUGUUUUAGAAAAAGCUGAAAAAUUAUGUAAGAAAUUAAGAAAUGAAAGAGAAAAAGCCAAACAAAAGAAACAUAUUGAGGAAAAGAAGAAGAAAUUUGAGAAACAUAAAGAAAUAAAUGACAAGAUUGAGACACUUUCUGAAAAAAAUAAGGCUAAAAUAACUGGGGUACUUGAUGCUGAAACAUUGUGUGCUAAGGAUGAUGAAAUGCCAGGAAUGAACUCAUUUAAACUUGAUGGAACUGAAGUUUAUUUUGAAAAGCCAGAAAAACUAAAUUCUGAGAGAAAAACAAUGGAACUUAAUAAUGUAACUGAAGUAGAUAAAACACAACUCAUUCCAGAGAAGUUGGUAAAUGUUUCAAGAGUUUCCCAUAAUGUAACUGUAAAAAAUGAUGCUCCAUCAAAAGGCAUCACAGAAAGAAUUGCUCAAACAAAGGCAGAUAUCGAUGUGAUAAGAGCCAAAAUCGAAUCUAGUGUAAGAGGCACUCAUGGUCCUGCCAGUCUGGCUGCUGAGUCACCAUUCUCUCCUACCAGGCAGCCUCAAAAUCAAAAUGAGGCUGGCUCUUCACAAGGGAGGAAUGUACAGUCUUCAGAAAGAACAAGUCUUUUAAAAAUGGUAAACUCUCCUAGAACAACUAAAGAACGUAACCAACUUGCUCAAAUGCUCAGAGAACAUGCUAAAUCACAGAAGAAAUUGUCUCUCCCAAGGUUUAAUUUGAAAUUUUCUGACCUGUGUUCUGACAGUGAUAGACAAGAUGAACAAGUUGAUAUAGACACUUUAGCACCUAGUGUUCAGCUGGAGAUAGCAAAUAUCAUUGAAGCAGACGUAAAACCUGAUAUUGCAGAACUUGAGAAGCUGUUAGAUCUAGCUAGCGCCAAUAAUGAACAACUUGAUAUGAAUAUCCUGAGUCACCUAGGUGUUUCUUCUCCACCCAUGGGAAGAGCAUCUAGUCCCAGUUUAGCUCUAGAUUUAUCUAGUUUUAAUAAUGAUCUAGGGUUUGAGAGUAAUAGACAUGAAAGAGUUCCCUCCCCUGCAAAUUUGAGGACUACUGAUUCACAUGAACGAAGUAGGUCACCUAUCCAGCAGCUGCAGAUAAGGGAAAGAAGUAGGUCUCCUAAUCCACAGUUGCUUACAAGAAAGAACUUCUCAAUGAAUCUUCAUGAAAACACUGAGAAAACCUUAAAGCAAAGCAAAUUAGAAACAGUAAACCACAGUAACUUACGUGACAGGGACUUCAUUUCAAAAGACAAUCAAGGCAUGGGGCAGACAUUAAACAUGGAUGAUCUUGUAGAUAGCAAUGAAAGAGAGAAAAGUCACACUAGUAGAAAUAUGAGUAGAGAAGAAGAUAGUAACAGCAAAACUGAAAAUAGAUUUGCCUCAUCUCUACCGUUAUCAUCAACAACUGUUAGUAGUUCAGCAAAUCUAUCAGCUUCAGUUACUUUACCAAGCAGUGUAGUGAAAAUCAAGCAAGAGGUUAUGGAUGAUGAUUAUGAACAAGCAGUCAGGAGUGCUUUAGCGAGAGCUAAAACCUUUAUAAAGCGACCUGAUGCAAAAAGUGAUAGUACAGAGACUAGAUCGUCAGAUAAACCCGUCAGUAGAGAAGAUUAUCUAGGAAACGACAGAAUGGUAGAUAAAUCAAAGACAGAUAAUUUAGAGGCAAGGAACACUGAUACAAAUACUGUUCAGUUUUCGCCUGUAAGAAGAAGUAUACAUACUCAGAACUUGUUCAGAAAUGAUGAACACCCUGUUAGAGAUUCUGGAAGAUUCAGAGCAGAACAACCUGAGGCUGAUGAUAGAACUACGUUAGAGAAGGUAACCAGUAUAUUAGAUGGGGUACCAGCACCACAUGUUGAUUCAGGGGCAGAUAAAUCUUCAUCUGCUACACCUCCUGAAUCUGUACCAAGAUUCUCACAAGCCAAUGAGAAGCAUCUGGACAGCUCCCAGCAUUCUCAGGCCUCUAUACUUGAUGAAGUUUACAAUGUUAGUAUACAGGAGGAACAUGUCAGGCAGGAAAUCUCAACUUGUGACCUCAGAAUCUCCAAACUGAAGAGUCUCAUUGAAGAGGCCUCGCAGGAAUUGCAAAAAUAUUCCCAAGAAAAGCAAAAUUUGGUUGAACGAGAGAAAUCCUAUAGGACAAAGAGAUUGAUGCUUUUAGAAGAGAGUAGAAGCUCAUCCGCAUGUUCUCAAACAUACAUGACACCUAACAUACUAAGCAGUCUUACACGGGAACAACUUGAUAAUCCGGUCUUAGUAAAAUUUCUUAUGUCACAGAGACAGUCAGAUCUGUCUUCUGUUGGUGGAUAUUCUAACGUUGAAUCUGGUUCCCAGCCAGACAGUGAAAGAAAUCCUGAAAGACGAAGCUCGUUAACAUCCAACAUGUCGGAACCCAUGACAUUUCCAGCAGGUACUAAAGACAGUAAUCUGUUUAGUAAGUCUAUAGAAGCUGUAAGUGGAAGUUCCGAUAUUUCAGCUUCAGUGAGUGUCAAGGCCUCAGCUGAUAAACUGUCUGGUCUAUCUGAGAAUCAGAAGCCUAAAGAAAAUGAUGGUAUGAAAACAUCAACUGAAUAUACGAGUAUUAAUUCUACAAACUCUAUAAGUAUGUUGAAUAAGCCAUUAGAUAGGGUAGGUUUUGUGACAUUAGAUGCACUAAUGAAAGGAGAUGGGGAUAUAGGGAAAUUGUUAAACAGAAGUUUAGAAUCUAUUGAAAAAGGAACUAUACCUGCAGGAGCUUCACCUUUGCAGAAACUCUCCAGCUGUGAGUCAAAUGAAACUCCCGGGACAGUUUCUAGAGAAAGAAGGGAUAGUACAUUUAGUUUAGAUACGGGAAGUGACUCAGAAAAAAAAUCUGUUUCAUUAAAAUAUAUGGGAACUUUGCCAGAGGGAACAAAUUAUGAGUCUCUAGUACGACAAGUAUCUCAGGAUAACAAGAACAAGCCGUUAAUGAUAACAUUAUUUAGUUCUCCAGAGGCAAUGUCACAGCUGAGGAAAACUCCAGAUGCUGGUAGUACACCUGUAGUAAGGUCAAAAGAAGGUCAUUCUCGAGUUGACGUGGGUUAUAAAAGUGAUGGUAGCUCAAAAACAAACAGUACAGUGACUUUAACUCAUAUGAGUGAUAUGGAAUCUCAUAGUGCAAGGAGCACGUUCUCAUUAGGUGAGCAAAUUAAACGAAUGUGUGACGGGUAUAAUUGUGAACAAGGUAUGGAAGUGGAGACUCCUCGUGGAGAACAAGUUGAUUCUGCUCUCCAAUCCACAAAAGUUUCAGGGUCUAAAGAGUAUAAGUUAGAAGAUUUUAAAAUUAGUGAUGUGAGUACCAGGAAACUGAGAAGUUCUGGCGACACGUUGAAAGAUGAAUCGGUACCAAGUUCUAGAAACAGCCCUAUCAAAGACUGUUAUGUCAAGUUAGAAAAAAUAGAUGGUACAGAAAUGUCUUCACUUAAACAUCCCACAACUGAUUACGGAUCACCAAUUAGGAAAAGAUUGAAAUCAAAGAAAGAAAGGGAUCAAAUGUCACGAAGGAAACAAAAAGAACUUUUUAUUUUACAAUCAGACACAAACUCUGAAGGUGAAAGUGAAAACAAAUUUGCGAAUAGAUUGAAUUUACCAUCUCGGUUAAGCUCAAAGUCGGAGGAAGACUUGGUCCAGACAGGAUCUGAGGAUCGUACGCCAAGGCCGGAAAUGAAAAAGAUUUCAGAAAUUUCAAGGUCAAGGUCAUUGCUUGAUGAAGUUCAACUUGAGACUGAAACUCCAUCAGAUUCAUGUGAGGAUAGGUCACUUGCCAGUGAAAAACAAAGUGUUAUACAUUACUGCGGACCUUCUCUAUCUGUUGCUGCAGUACAAGAGUUCAAAGGUGAUCUGUACGUCUGCUACAAUGGUAGUGAGAUUAGAAGAUUUGAAUUACAGACUGGUCGUAUUUUGAAAGAAUUAGACUGCUCACCAUACCUAGUCAACUGUCUACAUGUAACAAGUAUAGAAGGUAGAGGAGAUGUACUGUACACAGGGGGUACUUGUAAAAAGUUAAUGCUUUUUGAACCACAGAAAUUUGGGUUAAUUACAACAUUUGACUAUACAGAAAGAAUAACAUGUCUACAUGAGAACUGGGGUAGAUUGUUUGCAGGUCAGUCAGAUGGGGGCAUCUCUGUUAGAAGUCUAAAGACGGACAAGGAAUUAAACUGUUUCUCAUGUACUACUAGUGUUAUACACAACAUAGGUAGUAGUAGUGCGGGUAUGACCAAGAUGUUAUGUUUAGCUACGGCAGAUAAAGUGAUAUACGUCCUUGAUGCUAUCACAGGAUUGUUGAUUACAAUGUUAGAGGGCCACACACAACCUCCUCGCUCUUUAUAUGUGAUAGGAGAGAAGGUAAUCAGUGGAGGAUCUGAUAAUACUCUUACAAUACAUUCUAUCACAACUGGCAAUUUAUGUAAGAUGAUGGAUUUGGGUCAGGUUGUAACAUAUAUCUGGUGUGAUUCUACAACUAUAUAUACAUCUAGUUGUGACCAUAUUAUACGGACAUUCACCCAUAAUCUAAAACCAAGUGAGAUGUUACGGACUACUGGUAAAUGUAUUGUUACAUGUGGUAUUGUCAAAGACAAGAUGGUGAUUGUUGGAAAGAGAGAUGGAGGGGUGGAGGCCUUGAUAUUAGACCAAUUUAGCAAACUUUCCUGUAAGUUUGGAACAUGUAGACAACAGUUUAGUGUGUUCAGCCAUUUAAAACUACAUGUAUUAUCAGAGCAUGUUAGUGACAGUAUAACUCAUUGUACACACAGGGAAUGUACUCAUAUUUUCUUAAAACAAGAUGAUAGAAGGGAGCAUGUACUGAAACAUCUGGUGUGAUGAAUGAAAGGUUUUACUGUAACUACCACUCAGAGGUCUCUUCAUCCUUCACUUCUAAGGGAAAACUUGAGCAUCCUGAUCAAGCGAGAGAAGGAGCACUUAUUGUUAUAAUAUACAUAUCAUUUGGAAGAAAGUUUCCUAAUGUUUCAUGAUCCAGUGUUGGUCAAAACAUGAUUUUGGAACUGUCUACUGUCAAAAUCAGGGGUGUCGGUACCCAUAUGGUAAAGUCCUGUCAGAGGUGCAUGAUUUGUAUGGACUUUCAGUUCUCCCCCAUAGAAUAUUUGUAUCUCAAUUAAUCAAUGUUCAUAAUAUCAUACAAUAUCAUAUAUACGUCACAAAUUUCUGGACUUGCAUGGUCUCAUUAUUUGAAUAUAUAAUUUGUUUGGCAUUUUUACUAAAAUGAAAGAAAUAUUUUUGAACUUUUACAUAAAGUUUCGACAUUAAUGAUAACUUUUUUACCUAUGAAUAUAUACAAAAAAAUAAAACACAUACAUAUAUUUAAUAGUGUUCACCAUUAUAACAUGUGUAUACAAUAUAUAAAUAAAGGGAAAGAGAACCUGAAUUUGAUCAAGAACUUUCAGUUUUUGAUAUGACUUUAGACAGCAUAAAGAAAGUUGAAAAAAGUUUUGAGACAGUAUUGUGAAUCUCUUUUUACCAAAAUAUAAUGUGUUCUAGUGAUGUAUAGGGUAAAUGAAUGUUAUUAUGUUGUGAUAAGUAGAUUAUAAAUUUUCAUACUAUACCCAGAAGGUAAUGGCUAUACCUGCUUCUUCACAUGUUCUUACUCCUACAAAAUAACUAUUGAGUUUAUUUAUACUUGCCACUAGUUACCCAUAUGGGCAAGUCCUCCAGAAUGCUCCAAAUCCAGAACCUUCUCCUGGUUCUUUUGCGUGCCAAGUGUUUAAGCACUGAUACACAGGACCUUGAUUAAAGUCUUAUCCAGAAGACUGAUUAGUAAUUUUAGUUGGCUAGCCCGUGAAUCGAGAUUACAAAGCUUGCACUCUAACCGACUGAGCUAAACAGGCUGGCUAGAAAAAUAACUUGGUUGAUACUAUGCUAUUUUGACUUACUAGUAAUUCCAAAAAGUAGAAUGUAUCAGAUUUAAUUAUAAACUUCAAUUUGUUUAUAUAGGAUUCUGAGGUAGGUCAGGGCAUUAUCUCCUAGGUCUUAUCAGUAGGUGUUAUCAUGUAGAUGUUAUAAUUUGUGAUGUACUAAACCAUUUGAAAAUAAUACUAACAGAAGAAGUUUGAAAAACAAAUCAAAUGUGCCUUUACUUUAUUGUGUGCUUAAAAACAGUAUUGUAGAUUUAGCAAGAUUUUUUUUUAUGCCACCGCAGCAUCUGCGAUGCGGUGGCAUAUAGCGAUUCACCUGUGUGUGUGUUUGUUUGUGUGUGUGUGUGUGUGUGUGUGUGUGUGUGUGUGUGUGUGUGUUAUAUAGAUUAUAUAGUGAACUUAAAAAAUCUUCUUGUGAAAAACCACUAGUCCAAUUUCAACCAAACUUGGCAGGAUUGAUCCUUGGGUGAAGGGCUUCCAAAGUUGUUCAAAGAAUUACAUUCCAUGCAGAAAUCUGGUUGCCAUGGCAACCAAAAGGAAUUAUAAGAAUAAAUUAAAAAAAUCUUCUUGUAAAGACCCAAAAGGCCUAGAGCUUAGAUAUUUUGCAUGACGCAUUGUCUGGUAGACCUCUACCAAAAUUGUUCAAAUUAUAGCCCUGGGGUCAAAAUCGGCCACGCCCCGGGGGUCAUUGAUUUUCACUAUAUGUACAUGUAGAAAAAACUAAAAUACCUUCUUGUAAAGACCCAAAAGGCCUAGAGCUAGGAUAUUUUGCAUAAGGCAUUGUCUGGUAGACCUCUACCAAGACUGUUCAAAUUAUAGCCCUGGGGGUCAAAAUCGGCCCCGCCCUGGGGGUCAUUGAUUUUCACUAUAUGUACAUGUAGUAAAAACCUAAAAUACCUUCUUGUAAAGACCCAAAAGGCCUAGAGCUUAGAUAUUUUGCAUAAGGCAUUGUCUGGUAGACCCUUACCAAGAUUGUUCAAAUUAUAGCCCUGGGGGUCAAAAUCGGCCCCACCCCGGGGGUCAUUGAUUUUCACUAUAUGUUCACAUAGUAAAAACUUAAAAUACCUUCUUGUAAAGACCCAAAAGGCCAAGAGCUUAGAUAUUUUGCAUAAGGCAUUGUCUGGUAGACCUCUACCAAGAUUGUUCAAAUUAAAGCCCUGGGGUCAAAAUCGGCCCCGCCCUGGGGUUCAUUGGUUUUCCUAAAAUGUAUAUAGUAAAAACUUAUAGUAAAAACUUUAAAAAAAUUUCUUCAAGCAAUUGACAAAUGCUGGAGGUUAGAUGUUUUGCAUGAAACAUUGUGAAGUUAACUUCUAGAAAGAUUGUUCAAAUUAUAGCCCUGGGAUCAAAAUUGCCCCCGUCCUGGGGGUCAUUGAUUUUCAAUAUAUACAUAUAGUAAAAAGUCAAAAAUCUUAUUGUCUGAAGGUACAAGGCUAAGAGCUUUGAUAUUUGUUAAAUAAUAUCAUCUAUAGGUACUCUACCAAAGUUGUUCAAAUUUUGCCUCUAGUGUCAAAAUUAGCCCCGCCCCAGGGGCAAUAGGUUUUCCUUAUAUGUAUAUAGUAAAAACUUACAAAAUCAUCUUCUCUAAAUUUACAAAGGCUAAAGUUAAGAUAUUUUGCAAGAAACAUUAUGUAGUGAACCUCUAGUAAGAUUGUACAAAUUAUAGCCCUGGGGUCAAAAUUGGCCCCACCCCCAGGGGUCAUUGAUUUUCACUAUGUA